CCCUCGUUCUGCACCGCCGAAAAUUAAACCCACAUCGCACAUCGGCCGCCUUCGACCGACACACCACACACACACACACACAUUCUUUCUCUCUGUGUGUGUCUCUCUCUCUGCACAAUCUCCCGCAGCCUCUCUUUUUCCUUACCCUCCGUCGUAUUGUCUUGCCUUUCAGGACUUGCCUGGAUCGACCUGACCUGCCCGGAUCUACCUUGACCUUGUCCCAUUCGAGUACUGUAUUGUCUCGCUCACUCCCCGGUCACUCAACUCUACUUAGCCUUCAAAGUCUGGCCUGAUUGAUCUGUGGACGUCCAUCAUCCACACACCCCCCGGGGCCCCCGACUUGAUCAUCCUUCCUUACGCGGGGGGGAAAAACCCAAGAAAUCGAGGAGAGAGAAACUGGCAACCAGAGAGGGAAAUAUCCCACACCCUCCCAUAUUCAAGCGCUUGGCUGCAAUCCGAACCCUCUCUCUCUCUCUUCUUCCCGCCGCCGCAGCAGAAACCCACCCCCGUGUGCCUCUGUCGAACCUAACCCUGCACGGCCUGUGCCUUGCCAGUGCCUCUCUGGUCUGGCCGCAACCGUAACUCGCCCAUUCCGAACAAACAUUGGACGCCGCCAACCAUUACGCCGCGACGGGCUCCCUUUCACACGCUCGCGCCUUGCGUCAUGCCCACGCCCAGGAACCCAUUGGCCCACCACCCUCUCUCUCGCCCCAACUCCCAGCUCUUGCCCACGCGUCUCCCCUAGUCGCCGUUCCCGCUACCGCUACCGCUGUCGGCCCCCCGUGUCGCUCACUCGCUGCCUCCCCCCCGCCGCCGCCGCCGCCGCCGCCCUCGAGCCACAGACAUGGUGGACAUGGACAUGGACGAUGCGACAAGGCUCAUCGGAGACCUGCAUCAGAAGCUAGCCGACUUGGACCACAAGGUCGCAGCCUACCGCCAAGACAUGGCAACCGAGUUCCAUAGAUACUCGCGCCAACUACUCCAAAACAUCCCACCCGACAUAUCAGCCGAGGUCGAUCGUGCCGUCGCCGCUACCUUGGUCAACUAUCCCGCGCUGCGUCCCGCCCUCGUUCCACCACGACACUUGUCUGACUCACCCCCACCGCCGCCCACCGACGACGCCGGAAUCCUCACCGAAUCCCAUAGCAACCCCGGCGACGCCCACCACCCUCCGCCGCCGCCGUCGCCCCAGUCCACCCCUCCAUCCCUCCUUCCCCAUGCCGGCACUGCUGCCCUAACCUCUCCCGAUACUGCCUACGAUCGGGAAAGGGAUAGGGAUUUCCACGGCCUCUUCACUCCAAGCUAUCUGCCCCUGCUCGACAGCUCACACUCGUCGCCAGCGCCAGCGCCAGUAUCAGCACCGGCACCGGCACCGGCACAGACGACACCGACACCAGCAUCAGCAACUCACUCGCCAACCCUGUCACAGGCUUCGAAGCCUGCUACCGACGACGACGACGACGACAACGACGACGACGGCGACGAUAUGGGUCGGCGCAAGCCCGCACAGCCGAGGGAGCAGCAGCAGCAGUCUGCUGCGAGCCAGCCAUCGGUGCUCGCUACCACUCAGGCCCCCGAUCGACCGACCCACGAACGCCGUGGGACCAAUGACACGACAUCCUCCGGCGCAUCGGAGCAGAGUGACUCUAAGGUGCGCCGCAGUGCCUUGCGCAGGGCGUCGAGCGGAUCUAAGCCCCCAGCCAGCCCCAGGCGAGUGCGAUUCGAGUUCGAGGGAGGGGAAGUGCUGCCGACAACCUCGCCCCAGUCGUCGGAGCCGUCGCUGGUGUUGUCACAUACCCUCGCCAAUUCGAGGUCACCCCCUCCGCCGGAAGACGACUCAAUGAGUGUCGAGUCCAUUCUGGGUCCCGACGAGGACAGCGGGCCGCCGCCGAAGAAGGUGUCUUCCUCCCAAGCCCUUCGUGCUCUCUCCCGGGCCCCCUUGGAUGCCAAUACUGUCUGGACUGUCGUAAAUCCCGAAGCCAUGGAAAAGGAAAAUGGAAGCAUGGCAACGUCAGAUUCAGAGACGUCGUUGCAAAUAGACGAUACCCCAAAGUCUGCCCCGACGCUGCAAACACCACCAAGAGCCACUGUCUCGGAGCGCAAACAGACACCAAGGACCUCAGACCCAGAGCCUCCGGUGGCGGUAAAUAAGAGAAGGGAUGACAACAAAGAUGAAGAUGACGACGACAGUUCCUCUGAUGACGAGUUCUUGGCCAUGGCAAAGCCAAAGUCCUUUGCCAACAAAAAAGCCAUUCUUUCACCAUUAUCACGCUCACCGACCAGAACGUCAUCCGUUCCCUACAGUCCAACCCCAGACAAGACUGGGUCACGCAGCGAAAACAGGUCCUUUUUAGAGCAAAGGAAUGUUGACGAAGACGAGGACGACGAUGACAUGUUCCACUUCGAGGGGCUUAGUGCACCCCCCAAGCCUCGAUUCCGACCAGCGCCGAUACAGGAAGAGGAGGAAGAGGACGAGGACGAUGAUGAAAAUCGGGCACACGAGCCGGCGGCACCGACGUUAUACUCGACCUCGCCCGCUGUAUCGAUCCCCAAGGCGCCGGAGCCAGCAAUUCCAGCCCAUCUCAUUUCGGGCUCGGUGGGUUCGUUCAGAGGCCGCCCCGUCACGAUGCCCUUGGUCAAAAGCCUUGACGUAUACCAACAAGCGGCCUCGCUUGGUGACGUCAGCAGCUUUAUCGGAGGGCUGGAUGGGCGCAGCGGUGUCGACGAUGGAGAUCUUAACAGCUAUCGUGCCAGCGUCGGGCAGUCGCUGUUCUCCGGGACGCCUCGAAGCUUGACGGAACGAAUGAUGAUGGAAGAGGCACAGAGUCAGAGACGGGCGGCAGCGCAGCGACCACACUGAGCGU